AUGGCGCCCAGAAUCGCUGUUCCAGAGGAAAUACAAAAGCGAAAGAUAAUUGGUAUCAACCCAGAGACGGUUACAAACCCUUCGGCGACCGAUUUCCCAAGCCAUUGGCCGGGUGAGAACCAUGCGUGGUCCAUUGACAAAUUUAGCGAGGGUUUAAAAAUAGAAUUCCACAAGAAUGAUCCUCUCGAGGCUUCCUUUUCAUUAAUCGGGGUGGACGCUGCCAUUGCGAAUGCUUUUCGUCGCAUUCUCAUUGCUGAAAUCCCCACUCUCGCUAUCGAAUAUGUAUACAUCCAGAAUAACACAUCAGUCAUACAAGACGAAGUCCUCGCCCAUCGCCUUGGACUAAUCCCUCUAAAAGGUUCCCUUGAAGGCAUAAACUGGCUUCGAUGGUUCAAAGUACCAAAGGAAGGUGACCCAGACAGUGGAAGCACUCACGAAGAUUCGAACACCAUCGUCUUGCGAUUAGUAAAAGAAUGCAAACUGAACCCCAACGCACAUCCAAGCGAGGAAGAUCCAACCGUGCUUUAUAAUAACGCGCACAUAUAUGCUAAAGAUCUCAUCUUCGAACCCCAAGGCCGACAGGAGAAAUACUUCCACGGAGAUGGCGUUAUCCAAUCAGCGAACCCAGAUAUCCUCCUGGCAAAAUUAAGGCCUGGUCAAAAAAUUGAUAUCGAAAUGCACUGUAUUAAGGGAAUAGGAGCAGAUCACGCAAAAUAUUCACCCGUUGCCACAGCAUCAUAUCGUCUUCUACCUGAUAUCCAAAUUUUACGGCCUAUUCUCGGAAAAGAUGCUAUCAAGUUUGCAGGCUGUUUCCCGAGGGGUGUUAUUGGAAUCGAGCACGUUACUGCCGCAGAAUCUGCUCAGCCCGGUAGUGGCUACGAAGGAAAAGAAGGCGAGAAAAAGGCGGUUGUCGUUGAUCCUUUCAAAGACACCGUCAGCAGGGAAUGUUUGCGUCAUGACGAGUUUAAGGGCAAAGUCAAACUUGGUCGAGUACGGGAUCAUUUUAUCUUCAAUAUCGAGAGUACCGGACAGUUCAAUAGCGAUCUCAUGUUCCUGGAAAGCAUUAAGGUUCUGAAGCUCAAGUGCCAAAGGCUGAAGCGGAAUGUUGCUACCUUGGCAGAUAACACAGACACGCAUGCCUAA